UACAUUUUUACUCUUUUGAUCCUUGCAAAUUGCGAAAGUUUAAAAUUUUUAGCUACACCCGAACUUGGACAUUCCUUACUUGUUAAAAUAAAAUUGCUUUACUUUUAUUCCCAGAGAGAUGUAUUAAGUUUUCCACAAAAUUUGUAACACCCAGAUGGAAACGUCUGAGACCCUAUAAAGUAUAUGUAUAAAUGAUCAGCGUGAUGAGCUGUGUCGAAUAAGCUAUGUCCGUCUGUACAUACGCGAACCAGUUCCUUAGUGUUUGACAUAUCGAUCUGAAGUUUUGCACACGAUCUGUGAAGGGUAUUGUUUUGUUCAUACGAUCAUUUUUGAAUUGUCGAAGAGCAUUAUUUUUUCCUUGAAUAUACAAAGUUUUUAAUUAUUGCAAUCAUUUUUUAACAGGCAUCCUGAUAAAAAUAAACACCCAGAUGCGAAUAAGAUUUUCGUUAAAAUGAAGCAGGCUUAUGAGUUGCUAAGUGACCCUGACCGACGACGCAUGUAUGAUCAGCAUGGAAUACGCAGUGAAGAUGCGCAUUAUUUUGCAGCUAAGAGUGAUUUAUACCGUAAAACUUCCUCGGAACAAUUUGAAAAUUUUUUUGGAAAACAGUUUAAUGCGGACAAUGACAUCAGCUUCUAUCACAGAAUCUCCAUAACUAUUAAGAAUUAUGAGAAGAAAAUAGUUCCAAACAGCAAGUCCACACCUUAUAUUGUCAUGUUUUAUAAUGAUUGGUGUUUUCGUUGCACGCGACUUAUCAGUGUAUUUAAAAGGCUUAUCGACGCUCUGGAACCACUAGGUAUUAAUUUUAAUGCAGUUAAUGCUGCAUAUGAGCCGGUUUUAGUUAAAAAAUCGGGUGUGAGCUCUAUACCAAGCUUGGUUAUCAUUCUGGAUGGACACUGCUACAUAUAUCGUGAAAAUGUUUAUACUCUGGCUAAAAUUAAAGAGUUUAUAAGAAAAAAGAUGCCAUAUUCAAUUACUCAGAGAAUUUUUGACCAUAAUGUGGAAGAUUUUUUGGGAGGUUGGAUAGACAAUAGAGUACGAGCGCUAAUUUUUGAACCGAGAAAUAAAACGAGACUUCGGUAUUUAAUAAGUGCAUACUCGUUCCAGUAUAGAGUUGCGUUUGGAAUCGUUGACUUGAAUGAUAGCAGAAGUGAACAAAUUCAGAAACGGUACAAAGUUAGUUCAAAUCUCGAUACACUGCUAAUGUUUAAUGAAGACUCGCGCAGACCACGAGCAAAGAUUGCAUUGCCUGAGAUUCCGGUACAAACAUUAAAUGACAUUAUUUCUUCAAAUCAAUAUCUUUCGUUACCUAGACUCUCAUCACAACAAGUUAUGGAAGGAGUAUGUCCAGCUGAGUGGAGUCAACCUCGGAAACGUUUAUGUGUUAUUCUUAUUACAGAAAACAAUGAUUCUUAUAAUUUUGUUCGCACUACCUUCCGAAAUAUUGCUCUUCAGACUGAAUAUAGCAUAGAAAGAGUACGAUUUGCAUAUAUAUUCAAGGAAAAACAAAAGGAAUUUAUUAACGCGAUUUCAAAGGGAGCCGAAGCAGACCAGCUGUGUCCUAUAGUUAUUAUUUGGCGGUAUGAUCAAACUCACAUAAAAUACGAGUGGAUGAAGGGAUCGCCUCUUAACAUGGAUUUCAACCUAUAUGAUUCCAGUGAGCAGGUUAUAAACUUAACUAGACGUUACAUUGGCAACACCAUCCAAAGGCUCUUAAGAACAAGUGAGACAUUCAGCUACGAAGCUUUUGUCAAAAAUCUCUUUGACGAACAUGCACAAAGCUUAAUCAACAAAUGGUUAUCCAAGAUCGCGUUUACAAGUGAAUAUUUGAUUGACAACUUGGAGAAGGAACAUGUAUUAGCUUUUAUAUCUCUGCUGGGAACAAUUAUAUUUAUGUUUGCCGUGGGCUAUGUUAUGGUUUCUUUUGUUCGGGUUGAAGAAGAAAACUUGAAACAAAAGGGGUACUUGAAUGGAAGCAAAUCAUCUUGUAAGUAUCAAUUAUAUAUAUAUUACUGUGCUUUUGUUGCCCUAUAGAUAAGACCGAUUUUCUAUAUAUUUUAUAUUAUAUAUUAAUAUAACUGUCAAAGAUUUUGUAAGAUUUGCUCUGAUUUAUUUUUAAAUACAUUAAAACAUGAAACAAAAUAGCAGAUAAAUUUAUUAUGUCGGAUUUGGUUAAAGAAAAUAGGAUAUAUCGAAGUAACAAGAGAAACAAAUAUUGAAAA